AUGUGGAACAUAACAUCUGUACCAGAAAUCCAUUUCAUUCAACUCUCAGAGGAUCCAUACCUACAGCCUGUUCUCUUUGACCUAUCCUUGUCCAUAUACAUCUUGGCCCUGUUUGGAAACCUGCUCAUCAUCCUGACAGUAAGCUCUGUCUCCCAUCUCCAUACACCCAUGUACUUCUUCCUCUCCAACCUGUCCAUAGUUGAUAUUGGUUUCAUCUCCACCACUGUUCCAAGGGUGACUGUGGACAUCCAGACUCACUGCCCAGUCAUCUCCUAUGUGGGCUGCCUGACACAGAUGUCAAUGUAUGUAAUUUUUGCAUGUAUGGAUAACAUGCUUCUGGCUGUGAUGUCAUAUGACAGGUUUGUGGCCAUCUUCCACCUUCUGUAUUACCAGGUCAUUAUGAAUCCUAGUCGCUGCUGUGUACUACUUCUAGUGUGCUUUCUCCUUAGCCUUGUGGAAUUAGUUUUUCACUAUGUGGCUGUAUUAAGUUUUUCAACAAUGAGGUAUGUUGAAAUUUCUAACUUCUGUGGUCCUUCUGAAGUUCUUAAUCUUGCCAAUUUUGAUACUGUCACAAAUAAUAUAGUACGAUUCUGUAUGGGCACUCUUUUUGGGUUACUUCCUAUUUCAGGAAUCAUUUUCUCUUACUUUAAAAUAGUUUCCUCCAUCAUGAGAUCAUCGUCCUCUAGUGGGAAGCACAAAACCUUCUUCAACUGUGGGGCUCAUUUUUCCAUUGUUUGCCUGUUUUAUGGGGCAGCAAUAGGAGUGCACUUCACCUCCUCUCUCUCACAAUCUCCUGUAAGUUAUGCAGUGGCCUCAGUGAUGUACAGUGUGGUCACACCUGUGUUGAAUCCCUUCAUCUGCACCCUGAGGAACAAGGACAUUAAAACAGCCUUAGGAAAGAUUCUUAGCAGAUCAUUCUAA